GCUUUUUGUCUGCAUCCAGUUCGUCGGCUCCCGUUCACGUUCCUCUGCGCGCCUCUGCUUUCAUCAGGGGGCGAUUGUGGCUCAGGGCCCGAGGCCAGCAACCUUUCAGGUACACGACAGCCUUAGCCAUUUUCUCCAGCUGUCCGCGGCCACCUGCGGAAAUGACUCAGGUUUUUUUCAAGGCGAAGUGCUACACAGAGAUGGGGCAGCGCGUGGUGCUUACAGGGAACGACCCGACGCUCGGGUCGUGGGACCCUACGAAGUCUAAGGUGGAGCUCACCACGGAUGCUGCGCAUUACCCCUACUGGACAGGAGCUCUGUCUGCCCCCGUUGGGACCGACAUCCUUUUCAAGAUGGCAGUGCUCGGCGUUGACGGCCGUGCACAUUGGGAGCAGCGGGUGGACGACCGCGCGUUCCGCUUCGCGUCCGUGGAUGUCCAGCUCGACCUAAAGUUCAACGACCACCACAUGGAGGCCGCGCGCGCCGCGCCGGCCGAGCAGAGCGAGGGUCGGAAGGACCCAGUAGAGCACGGCAAGCCGAAGGCGCAACAGUCUCUGCCCCAGCCACUGCCUAACGCGACGGCCGAGGGUCACAGAUCCGAGGACCACGAGUCGGACCGCCUCUUGCGCGAGGCCCUGCUCCAGGUUGGCGAGGCCAGCCGGCGCGCGGAGAUCGCGGAGAGCCGGGCGCUGCGCUGCGAGAAGCUGGUCCAGGACGCCGAGAUCCGUGCCGCGGCUGCCGAGAGGCUCGUGGCCGAGCUGCAGGCCAAGCUCGCCCUCAGCGAGCUGCAGGGGGCCAGGGCCGAGCUCGUGCAGAAGGUGCGGGCGGACAUCGACCUCGCCGCCCCAGGCGAGGGGCACCUGCAGAGGAUAGAGCGGAAGGCGCGCGCUGCCCGAGGCCGGCGGUACGCAGGCUACUCGCCCAGCGCGGACGACGCCGUGCUGUUCUGCAGGAACCGCACCGACAGUUCCGCCGCGAGCUCCACGUGCGACGCGUCCGAGUUCGGCUGGGUCGCCAGUCCCCCGACGCCGCGCAGCCGCCAGAGCACCAGCCAGAGCAGCAGUCCGCAGUAGACGCAGUGCACCUGCCCGUGGGUCUCCCGUCGGCUUUCCAACAAGAGACCGCAGCUUCGAGCGACCUGGAUCACGCGACCCGCUUUGGUGUGGCUGGGUGGCCAAAGUUUCCUUUGGCAAUUCGUAGUUCGCGCGCGUGCGCACACAUAGCUGUGCGCCUAUCUAUGCGUAUAGAGACAUGUGCCUAGAUGUAUCUAAGACGCAUACGGCGAAUCGCCGCCGCCCCCUGACUUUUCAGAAUCACCUAUUGAUUUCUUGACCGCUGCGCGUGGCGCAUGUCUCGCGGCAAGCACCAGUCUGCAUCUUUUGUCUCAGCUCGUGCCUGGAAAGAAGGCGCGUUGUUGCUGAACUUUUUUGUCUGUGCCCGGGGCUGCUGCUUCCAUUUGGCGAGUUCUUCAAGCCCAGUGUAGCUCUACUGGGCAUCGCCACGCAGUUCCUUACUCUUACCCUUGAUGAUUAGUGCUGGGUUGUUGAAUAUGACGAUUGCUCUGAUCUCGUGUCUACGGGCUCGCGACUCGGCGUCCCGACAGCCAAGGCACGGAUGUGGACGCGUUCGUCGCUCGUGGGAGCUAUCUCUGCCCUGUGUUGAUUGCAUCCUCGUUCUGCCUUAACCCUAGGCUCUCUUGUAGUGCCCUCCACGGUGACCUGCACUGGUGGCCGAGAUGCUGGACUGUAUAUAAUAUGCUGGCUGGGCGUGGCUGCCGACCCGCCCGCCAGGCACGCGCGCGGAAGCUCUCCACGGCGAGGGGUGCUCGGCAGAAACGGGCGGCACGCGAGCUUCGAGUACAGCCAAAACGCUCGAGGGGGGAACACUUGGCCCCUUCCUUGGCUUUUCUCCCUCGGGCGCUCCUCGCAGAUCGAGGCGCCGCUGGGGCGAAAGGGGGGCCCCGUGCUCUCUGCGCAGGGCUCCCCCGCGCGUAAUGAGCGUGCCGUCUCCCUCCGUCCUCUUCCAGGCCCGUCCACCUC